CCGAAAUAUCCAGUAAUAAAUUUGUCUGUGCCUAAGUGUAUCCCUCAAAAUCGAGGAAAAAGUAUACUUCAUUACUGUGCGUCUAUAUUACUAUGAAAACUGUUAUAUUUCCGUGAAAAACAAAACCUAGCAGCGUUAUCGAACCUGUAAAAUCUGAUAUUCAAAAUGCCAAUCGAUCAAAUACAAUAUUCUGAAAAAUACAGCGAUGACAAAUAUGAAUAUAGACAUGUAAUUCUGCCAGCUGAUUUAGCGAGACAUGUUCCAAAAACUCAUCUUAUGUCAGAAACAGAAUGGAGAAAUUUGGGUGUUCAACAAAGUCCUGGUUGGGUUCAUUAUAUGAUGCAUGUACCAGAACCUCACGUACUACUGUUUCGUAGACCAAGGACUGAUGUCUUAACAACUUCGAGAAGCGCACCGUUUCGAAGAGAGUCUGAAAGAGUAUAUUGCGUUUGAAUAUAUGUUUAUAUAAUGCUGUUAUUAUGGGAUUGGAUUGGCGUGGAUCUUUGUGGAAAUGACUGCCGAUUACAGCUUAAUAAAGGGAUUAUUA